CUGCAUCUUGAUCACACACACUCUCUCUCUGUCUCUUCACUGCCUCUUGAUCACCCUCUCUCUCUCUCUGAAGUUAAUCUUCAAUGGCUAUUCAAGGUGUAGCGGCUGAUCUUGUCAAAGAAAUAUUGAAUAAGAUAGUUUCUGUUGCAGCUGAAGAGGUCGGACUUGUGUGGGGCUUCGAGGGAGAUCUGGCUAAGCUCAAAGACUCUGUUGAAAUGAUUCAAGCCUUUUUAGCUGAUGCGGAAACACAAGGAGUUAGCAGAAAGUCCGUCAAGCUAUGGCUGGAGAAGCUUAAGGAUGAAGCUUAUAGAGCCGAUGAUGUCUUGGAUGAGUUCGCUUACGAAAUCGCGCGGCGAAAGGUGGAGAUUGGAGAUCAAAUGAGGAGAAAGGUACGCUACUUCCUUUCAAGUUCUAACCCAGUCUUGUUUCGCUCGCGAAUGGCUCAUAAAAUCAAGAAAAUCAACACAUCCUUGGUUAAGAUCAACGAAGAAGCAAAGGUUUUGGGAUUUCGACUGGGUUUACUAGCAGCCCCUUCUCAGGUCACUGUCGAUCACCAAGCCUUUGCUGGCCGAGAGACCAAUUCACUUCUUCACCAAUCUGAAGUUGUUGUAGCAAGGGAAGGUGAUGCAUCAAAUAUAGUUCAAAUGUUAACCAGCCCGGAAAAUCAGGAUGUUGUCUCUGUGCUUCCCAUUGUGGGACUGGCAGGGCUUGGAAAAACAACUUUGGCUAAGUUGAUCUAUAAUGGCGAUGAGAUAACGAGAGACUUCGAUUUAAGAAUCUGGGUAUGUGUAUCUGAUAAUUUUGAUGUCCAAAGGCUUUUCAAAGAGAUCCUUGAAACUCUGACAAAGAAGAAGUGUGAUGUAGAGAUUGAAACCGUAAUUCUUAAAAAACUUCAGGAAAAGUUGGAAGGGAGAAAAUAUCUGCUCGUACUCGAUGACAUAUGGAACGAAGAUCCUAUCAAGUGGAAUAAUUUUAAGUCUUGUAUGUUACGAGUGAGUACUACCCAUGGGAAUAACAUUCUGAUCACUACGCGUAGUCAUAAAGUGGCCUCAAUUGUGGAGACGCUCCCCAAGUAUUGUGUGGAACCACUAUCAUCAGAAGAUUGUUGGUCCAUAUUCAAAGGAGUAGCGUUUGCAAAUGGAGGAGCUCCAAUUAAUUCAGAUUUUGAAGGCAUUGGAAGAAAAAUCGCAGAAAAAUGUAAAGGUGUACCACUGGCAGCAAAGAUAGCGGGGAGUAUGAUGCACUUGAAGAAGGACAAAGAUGAAUGGUUGGCAAUUUUAAAUGAUGGAGUAUGGAGUGCAGUUGGAGAUGCAAAUGGUGUACUUCCUAUUAUUAAGUUGAGUUUUGAUCAUUUAUCAUCGCCAUCACUGAAACAUUGUUUUGCAUAUUGUUCACUUUUCAAAAAAGAUUCCCUCAUGGAAAAGGAACAAUUAAUCCAACUAUGGAUGGCCCAAGAAUAUCUCCAACCCAAGGAAGGAAGGAACAGGGUAUUGGAGGAUGUUGGUAAUGAAUACUUUGAAGCUUUGUUGCAAAGUUCCUUAUUUCAAGAUAUUGAGAAGGAUGAGUAUAACAACAUUACACACUGUAAGAUGCAUGAUUUGGUGCAUGAUCUUUCACAAUUGAUUUCAAAACCCGAUUGCUUUACGCAAGAGGAUGAUAAGGGAACUGAGAAUCUUCAUGUUCGACAUUUAGCACUAUAUUCCAGUUGGGAAAGUAUUGGUAAUAUCCAAAAUGAGAGUGCAGAAAGGCUGCGAACUUUAUUUUUGGAAAGUUUUGCACCUGACAGAUUUUUGAAGUUCAGAUACUUGCGUGUCUUGAAUUUAAGUGAUGCUUAUGUUUAUGAGCUGCCGUCUUCAAUUAGCAAAUUGGUACACUUAAGGUACCUUGACUUGUCAAAUAGUCGGAUGCAUGGUUUACCGAAAUCCAUUGUUGAACUUUACCAUCUGCAGACGUUAAGACUUGGGGGACAGGUCACAAUUCAAACGUUUCCUAAGAAAUUCAAAAAUUUGACCAGUUUAAGACAUAUCUAUUUUGAUAAACGGGAUAACAUGGUUCAGAUGCCAUGUGAGAUAAGGUGGUUGACUUCCCUUCAAACUCUACCAUUCUUCACUGUGGGUGAAGACAAGGGUUUUCAAAUUGAAGAGUUGGGAUAUUUAAAAAAUCUCAGAGGUAAGCUUGAUAUAUAUGAUCUCCAGGAAGUGGGCAGUAAAGAGGAAGCACAAAAAGCAGAUUUAUGUGGAAAGAAAAAUAUAUACAAGCUGACACUCAACUGGAAAUCUAUGUGGAAUGGUAAUCAGAACGCUGAGGGUGUCUUGGAAGGCCUCCAACCUUCCCGAAGCUUAAAAGGCUUAGACAUAAACGGCUUCCCGGGUGAUUACUUCCCGCUAUGGAUAAUGAAGAUGGCUGUGACUACUAACGGUGAAGACGUCUGGUUAUCACUCAACAAUUUGGUGACGGUCAAACUAAAAGGCUGCAGAAGAUGUGAGCAUAUGCCAAUGCUCGGCAGACUACCACUUCUUCGAAAGCUUGAGUUGGAUGAAAUGGAUAAUGUAAAAUGCCUAGGUGAGUCAUUCUAUGGUUAUGAUUGCCAUGGAUCAGGCACUAUCCACAGUAGUAACGAGACAAAGGUAUUAUUUCCUUCUUUGGAAAGAUUCGCAAUGUGGAAAAUGGACAACCUAGAAGAAUGGAUAGAAUUACCAGAAGGAAGUGGGGUGCAAGCAUUUCCUUGCCUUUAUGAGUUGUCCAUUUAUGGGUGCCCACAGUUGAAAAGUGCUCCAAGUCAUUUCCCAGUCGUUAAGAAAUUGCGUUAUCAGAAUGUAUGUAGCGGCUUGCCAUUGGAAAUGAUAUGUAGCAGCAAACUAAAGACUCUGACGAAGUUCGAGGUUGAUGGGGUGGCUGAACUCACUUAUUUACGAGAUCAACUAUUUCAGGACAAUAAUUAUCUAGAGGUUCUAAAGAUAUCCAAUUGUCCCAAGUUGACACAAGUUCCGUACUUGCGGGGAUGCGACACCACCUCUCGUCUUCGAUCGCUAGAAAUCAAGGAUUGCGAGCAAUUGAGCAAUUUGCCAGAUGACCUCAGCACCCAUCCAUCUCUUGAGAUUUUGAAUGUCCAAAGUUGUCCAAAUCUCAACUCCAUUCCGAGUAUUCAAGGCCUUACAUCCCUUCGUCUAUUAAUUCUUUCGUCCUGUGGUGGGUUAACUUGUCUUCCAAGUGGGCUAGAAUCUUGCACAUCCCUCAACACCUUAAAGGUUGAAGAUUGCACCAAUCUAACCUCAUUCCCAAAUAUACAAGCAUUGUGUUCUCUCUCCACUCUAACAAUUGUACAUUGUGGAAAAUUAACUUGCUUGCCUAUGGGGCUAAAAUUUCUUACCUGCUUGGUAAACUUGAUGAUUGGCCCCUUUUCUGAAGAGCUUGAUUCAUUCCCGAGUCUUGAUGUUGUCCAACACUUGCAUGCAUCCCUUAAUGAAGUACACUUGUAUGGGUGGCCUCACUGGGACCUUAUCCCAGAACAUCUUCAACAUCUCAGCGCCCUGAGAUAUCUGCAUCUAGAAAGCUUUGGAGUGGAAGCUUUACCCGAUUGGAUUGAUAAGCUUUCAUCCCUUGAAGAACUGUAUGUAGCAAAAUGCAAGAAACUGAAGUAUCUGCCCAAAAUUGAAGUCACCAAAUCAUGGCGUUUGCGCCUAAAGGCAUGUCCCCUAUUCGUAGAAAGUAGUCCCGAGAGUCACCGCCGUUUAUGGUACACAGUGAAGGGUGGUGAUGAAUGGGUGGUGAUGCUUUAGGCUGGGGUUGAAGAAAAAAUUUCCAUUCAUAAUGCUCAAUUUGAGAUCAACAUGAAAGGCCCAGGUGGCAUUCAAGGCCCAGUAUACGUUGGCAACUUGGCACUGACUGUGUAUUCAACCGGCGAGCAUUGUACGACAUUGACAACAAUCCACCGGUGUCGAAGAAGAGGCCAAAGGUGGCUUGUGACUGCUGGCCUUCAUGGUGCUGCUGCUGUUGUGGUGGUUCAAGGGAGUCAAAGUCCAAGAAGAAAAGUGUUAAAUCUCUGCUUGGAUUGGAGGACUUGGCAAAAAGAAGAAACUAAUGGGCAACAAUUACUCGAGAAAGUCAUCUGGACCCGAGUUUGAUCGUGAAGAGAUUGAGGAAGGGUAUGAAGAAAGGUGUCGUCGGGAGGCUUGUUUUCACGAGUUGGUUGUAAUCGAUGACCAAUCAAGGUUUCGGUUUAGUUGGUUGUGUAUUUUUAUGCAGAAGACGACGUUGUACCAGUACAACUUUUUUCUAUAUUAUUGUUUGUUUGUUGUGCAUGCUACUACUUUUUUCGUGUUAUUAUUUUUUGUCAAACACGUUAUUAU